AUGGUUAUUCAUCAUAGCAGUAAAGAGUAUUCCUGCGAGCAGUGUGGGCGUGGAUUUCGUUCCUUGUUUUUACUUGACAUGCACAAGAAAUUGAUGGGUGGGACAUGCACAAGACGAAAAUUGCAGACUUCUUCGCAACCUGGACAAGACCGCUGGAAACAAAUGUGCAAAUACUGCAGCAAGAGAUUUGCUCUGUCGUCUCGGCUGGCUAAACACGUACGUAAUGUCCACCCAGAGGCGGAAGUAUUCACGUGUGAUGUGUGCGAUAAGGGCUUCUGCUAUUAUCUUGAAUACCUGCCCCAUCGAAGGACACACCGGAACAUUCCGUAUCAGUGCAAGGCAUGCGAGCUGGCAUUUCCCACUUACAAACAGCUUCUUCAACACCGCGCCGGCCAUCCGAACCCUUUGCGAAAAUCUUCCUUGCCUUCCACAGAUCCAUCUUCCAUUCCCACUGUCUCCGCUGAUGCUGGAGUUUCUGCGAAUUCCUCUGACACUAUAGGUGAAAGCGAUCCUGGGAAAGGACAGGAUGCAGGAAAUUCUGGCGGGGAUGAAAAUUCUUCCACCGGACAAGUCCGAAUUAACGAGAGCUCUACAGAUCCCGGACUUCCGGUUCCAGUUUCUGAGAGCCUCGUUUGCCAGAUUUGUCGUCUGGUAUUCCUUACGAAGCUGAACUACCAGAAACACUGUCGGUUGGUCCAUGGCAAAAUGAAAUAUUCUUGCCAAAGUUGUGACGAGAACUUUGACCUCCGCAGACUGCUGGACAUUCACACGAAGCGCUGUCAUCCAAAGAAGCCUGGACGAAAGAAGAAGAAGAAGAAGGAGGAGGAGGAGAAGAAUAUUAAAUCAAAGAUAAUAAAGCCAAAGAGGGCGCCAAAGUACGACCCUGCCAGACUUGAAAGGUUCUUCAAGGCCUGCGUAAAAAGAGCUAAGGAGAGGUCAAAAAAGAAAUCUUUGGGCACAAAGCGCGAAAAGGUCGUCAAACUGUCAAUGAUGAAUUAUGUCCUUGAUUAA